AUGUCGGAGGAAUCUAAGCCAAGGUACCGCAUAGGUUAUGCUCUGGCGCCUAAGAAAGUGAAGAGUUUCAUUCAACCGUCACUCCUCAAUCUCGCCAAGGAGAGAGGAAUCGAUCUAUUUCCCAUCCAAACCACCAAACCCCUGAUCGAUCAAUUACCCUUCGAUUGCAUCAUCCACAAAUCACCCGACCCGGAAUGGCGGAACCAGCUCGAGCAGCUCCUUGUGCAAAACCCCAACAUCGUCGUAAUUGACCGCCCGGAGGCGAUCGAGCGCCUCCACAAUCGGGUAACCAUGCUGCAGGCGGUGAACCAGCUGGAAAUCGCGAACGGAUUUUCGAUUGGGGUCCCAAAGCAGGUGUCUGUGGAAAAUCCCCAAUCGCUGAUUGACCGCGUCGCGUCGAGUGGUUUGAGGUUUCCGGUGAUUGCCAAACCUCUGGUGGCGAAUGGGACCGCGUGCUCUCACCAGAUGUCGCUGGUUUUCAACGAGGAGGGCUUGCGAGGGCUGAAUUGGAGCCAGCCGUUUGUACUGCAGGAGUUCGUGAAUCAUGGAGGGGUCAUUUUCAAGGUAUACGUGGCGGGCCAGCACAUUCAGUGUGUGAAGAGGAAAUCGUUGCCGGAUAUCUCAGAGGAGAAAUUGGGCGUUUCGGAGAAUUCGGUGUCGUUUUCACAGAUAUCGAAUGUGACUGCUCAGGAUCAGAGCGAUGACAGCGUGGAGAAGCUGAUUGAGGCGGCUGAGCUUCCGCCAUCUAGUUUUGUGACGGAAGUAGCUAGUCAGUUGAGGGAAGCUUUGAAGUUGAACCUUUUCAAUUUUGAUAUGAUAAGGGACAGUAGAGUUGAAGGACGGCAUCUUGUUAUUGAUAUCAAUUACUUUCCAGGGUAUGCGAAGAUGCCUCACUACGAGACAAUUUUGACUGAUUUUUUAACUGGUUUCCUGUAUCAUAUUUUACCUACUCUACAGCGAGAGUAA